AUGGCGGGGGUGGACUUUUCGAAGAUUUACUCUGCUACAUAUAGCAGUGUCCCGGUUUAUGAAUUCAAGAUAGAGACGGACAGUGUUAUGCGAAGAAGGGCAGAUGAUUGGAUCAACGCAACCCAUAUUCUCAAAGUUGCUGGGUUCGAUAAGCCAGCACGAACCCGUAUACUCGAGCGUGAAGUACAGAAAGGAGUCCAUGAAAAAGUCCAGGGCGGUUAUGGCAAAUACCAAGGAACGUGGAUUCCACUUCCCGAAGGUCGUUUGCUUGCUGAGCGCAACAACAUUAUUGAUAAACUACGACCGAUCUUCGAUUAUGUCGCGGGUGAUCGAAGCCCCCCACCUGCGCCGAAGCAUACGUCCGCAGCUUCAUCAAGACCAAGGGCCCCGAAAAAUGCCAACAAGAGAGUUACGAACGAGGAGGUCUUCAGUGCGGUUAAGCCACCUCGUAGUAUGGGACCGCCUCCGACCUUCACACACGAUCAUUAUGAUAUCAACCCAGGGUUCGAUGAAGAUGAAUCGAUGGAGCAAACAACGUUAGAGUCUUCCUCCAUGGUGGCGGACGAGGAAAUGAUGCCCAUGUCACAGAAUGGUCCAUACUCCCGAAAGCGCAAACGUGGUAUGAAUGAAGUGGCUGCGAUGUCACUCAGCGAACAGGAGCACAUACUUUAUGGCGACCAACUUCUAGAUUACUUUAUGACAGUGGGAGAUGCCCCGGAGGCGACGCGUGUGCCUCCCCCGGAGCCCCCAGCCAAUUUCCAGGUUGAUCGUGCAAUUGACGACUCGGGAAACACGGCACUUCAUUGGGCUUGCGCAAUGGGCGAUUUGGAGAUAGUGAAAGAUCUUCUGCGGAGAGGCGCGGAUGUGAAAGCACUGUCAGUGCAUGAAGAGACCCCGCUUGUGCGUGCUGUCCUGUUCACGAACAAUUAUGAGAAGCGGACAUUCCCGGCACUGUUGGAAUUCCUGUUGGAUACUAUCUCGUUCAGGGACUGGUUUGGUGCCACCAUAUUCCACCAUAUCUCAGAAACCACCAGAAGUAAAGGGAAGUGGAAAAGCUCGCGAUAUUACUGUGAGGUGCUACUGGAGAAACUGCAAACCACAUUCUCUCCGAGUGAUAUCGACAUGUUAUUGUCUUUCCAAGACUCGAAUGGAGACACAGCCGCAUUGGUCGCUGCUCGGAAUGGUGCCUUUCGACUGGUGAAUUUGCUAUUCACGCACUGUGCGCGGGCUGGGGACUUGAUUAACAAGAAAGGCGAAACAGCGGCCAGUCUUACGCAAAGGGCACACCAUUCCGAGCGGGAAAUCCCGCCUGCACCUUCGUCUAUCACAAUGGGAGAUAAUCAUAUCGAUGGCGAAGUGAAUGGCCCUGUAAACUCAGAUCCCCAGUCUGCUGCUCUACCGCAGGAAUCAUCCGCCGCCACGUCGGCGCUCUUGUCCAAAAUCGGUGUCAUUAUGGCCGAGGCGAACAAGAAGCUUGCAGUGAGUUACGGGAGCUCCAAGGCCAAUCAGCAAGACUCAGAUGACGUCGCGAACCCGGAGGCUUUAUACGAGCAAUUAGAACUGGAUCGACAGAAGAUCAAAAAGCAGCUAGCCAUUCUGACAGCAAGAGAGGCCCAAGAAGAAUCUAUUGACACACAACUGGAGCGGUACGAGAGGUUGAGAAGUAGUUACGAGUCGCUUCUCGAGCAAAUACAGCAAUCCCGCCUGCAAAAGCGACUUCUUACGACUCCACUGCCUGCAAAGGAAAACACGGCUCCGUCCUCGACAGACCAAGCCAAAUUACUCAACGUAUAUCAGCUUGGCCGAGAAUUGUGUUUGGCGCAGAAAGUUCGACGUGAGGCCGUCAAAGACCUAGCUCAGCAGACCGCCGAUGCCGGUGUCAGUACCAAAUUUGACGUUCAUCGCAAGCUUGUCGCUCUUGCAACUGGACUCAAGGAAGAAGAGUUGGAUCCAAUGGCUGCUGAACUAGCAGAGACACUGGAGUUUGACCGUAUGAAUGGCAAGGGCCCGGGGGCGGAGUCUCCCGAGCCCGAACAAAAGGAAUCGGCAUCAUUUCCCUUCCCUGGACCUACGGUGUCUGUGGACGCAUAG